UUGCGGUCAACGACAAUGCGUUGGUACGGCGGGAGUAUAGCGGAGGCGGUGACUUUAUCAAAACAGAAGAAUGCGAUUUUUGUCGUCUUCGUUGAAGGUGACAAUGACCUUUCUGUGGAGAUGGCUGCGAUAAUCGACAGCGCCGAGGUGAUCACCCGCCUUGCAAACGAGAGCAACUUUCUGGCUGUCAAGCUUAAAAGUGGAUCACCCAAUUACACUCAUUUCGCGCAAAUUUAUCAAUUUGUGCCAGUGCCAUCCCUAUUCUUCAUAGGCCGCAAUGGCACUCCAUUGGAAGUUGUCUGCGCUGGAGUGCAACCGGAUAACCUCGCUACCAGGAUAGAUCGCAUUCUUGAGGAGCAUCAAAAAGACAAAGCGGCAGGCGCGGCGUCCUCCCCAGUACAGCCGUCCACAUCGUCGCAGAACAUCCGUCAGCAAACUGCCGAUUUGCUGCAUGCCGAGGGGUCCACGGUGCAGCUGCCGUCCAAGGAGGUUGACAAACCCGCUGAACAAACAGAGCCCACCAUAUAUGUGUUUGGCGGAAACCAGUCUCCGUACGUCGAAAACACCGAAGAACUUCAGCUCAAGGGCCAAACAUCACCAACGCCUGAAACUCUGAAGCACAAGUCUGAACAACCAGAACGUUCUUCCAGUCCUCCAGCUAAGAUUCAGAAAGUGGAAUUUCACGAAGUAACAAGGUCAGGGAAGGAAUACGAGGUCGUGUGCGACGAUGAUGUCUGUGUGAGGAAGCUGAAAGUUAGACCUGGUGACCCUGGGCCCAGUAGUGCCAAUUUGACUACUGCCACGCCUAUAGAGCCAGUGAAAGCCGUGCCGAUUGACGAGAGUUCCGCACAACCCGAAACGAGAGAUAGUGUAGCUGAAAUGCAAGAGAAAAUGGAGCGGGCCAAAGAAUUGAUCGAAGUCAGGAGACGGGAGAAAGCAGAUAAGGAGAAAGAGUUAGAGAAAGAGAAGGAGCUGGAACGUCGUGCAGCAGGCCAGGGUGUGGCUGAACUGAAAAGGUGGCAAGCCGAUCAGGAACUUAAGCAGAUACAGGAGGAGCGCAAACGCGAGAAGAUGGAGAACAACCUGGCCCGCCAGCGCAUCCUGGAGCAGAUCGCCCAGGACCGGGCGGAGCGACGGGCGCGGGACCAGCCGCAGCCGCAGCACAGCGCCGCGCCGCAGCCCCGGGUAGGCGACGCUGGCACACAUGCACGCAUCCAGUUCAAGAUGCCGGACGGCACGUCGCACACGGCGCACUUCGAAGCUGACGGCACCCUGGCCACAGUGCACCAGUACGUCGCCGAUAACUUGCAGUUAACACGUUCGAACUUUUCCCUAUGGACGGCGUUCCCUCGCCGUGAGCUAACGGACACUGAAGCAACUCUUCGUCGGCUGCAACUGACGCCAUCCGCCGCGUUACUGGUCUUGCCACGGCGGAUCCCUACAACAGUGGCCAGCCCUUCGACUUUUGCCACAUUUAUUACUUUCAUUACUCAACUAUUUACAUCCUUCAUACUGGAACCUUCACAGCAACUGUAUAACUGGAUCAGGGUACGCUUAUUCCCCCCCUCUGAGCCCUCCAACUCUCGUCCGAUAACUCCCUCCGGGGGUGCAACGGGUGGCACCACUGGCGGUAGCAACGUUAGAAGACGGGGUAACGUACACAGACUUGGAGAAGAAAGAUCUGGAGAUGACGACAAUAACACAUGGAACGGGAAUUCUACGCAGCAAAUGUAGAAAAUAUCAUUUAUAAGUUACCCCCCUUCGGGGGUUGAGUUAAACCUUUUCAAGGUGAAUACUCAGGGAGUGAAAAGGAGUAAAGUAAAAUGUUUUGUUUUUAUCACCUUCAAGUCGAUCAUCAUUGAAAUAUUCCAAAUACACCGCGUCAAAAUAAUCACUGGAAACAAGUGUAACCUACAAAAUGGUGAUUUGUACCCUAUUCACCUAUUUGACACAUUGUCAAAAUUCGUUGUUUUAAAUCUGAACCUUAUAUUACUUACAGUUCAUAAUUCAUGUACAGUAAACAACACAUUAUUGGUGACAUCAAAUGCAUUUUAU